AGGCCAGAGUAACUCGUUAUUAUCUGCAGAGCUAGAGAUGAUCUCUAUCCCAGGCUUUCCAAGAAGGUUUGAUUAUGAAGAGUUAGCAGCUGCUACUGAGAACUUCAAGAACCAGAUUGGUCGUGGUGGCUUCGGUACUGUAUACAAAGGAACUCUGACAGACCAAACUAUUGUGGCAGUGAAGAAGAUUACAAGUUCGGGAAUCCAAGGGAAGGAGUUUUAUUCUGAGAUUUCAAUAAUUGGGAACAUCCGCCAUGUCAAUUUGGUUAGAUUGACAGGUUUUUGUGCACAAGGGAAGCAGCGCUUUCUUGUUAUUGUGUAUAUGAAUAGAGGCUCAUUGGACAGUACACUCUUUGGUGAUGGUCCUGUUUUACAAUGGGGAGAGAGAGUGGAAAUAGCACUUGGAACAGCUAGAGGACUUGCUUACUUGCACAGCGAAUGUGAGCAAAGGAUCAUCCACUGUGAUGUGAAGCCAGAGAACUUUCUCUUGAAUGACAAUUUACAAAUGAAUAUCUCCUAUUUUGGGAUUUCGAAGCUCAUAAGUCGUGAACAAUCCACUUUUUUUACUACAAUGAGAGGAGCUCGAGGUUCUCUUGCACCAGAGUGGUUGACAAGUUCAGCUAUUUCUAACAAGGUUGAUGUAUAUAGUUAUGGGAUGGUUUUACUGGAGAUUGUAAGGGGCAGAAGGAAUUGCACAAUACAAAGAUAUAGCCACAUUACAGAAAAUGAUAUCAAAGGAAAUGGCGUAUCCUCAUACUCUUCUAGCUCGGAACUAAGACUAAUAUAUUUCCCUCUAGUUGCAUUAGAAAUGCAUGUGCGAAGAAGAUAUUUGGAGCUUGCAGAUCCAAGGUUAGAGGUAGGAGUGUCAAGUGAAGAGAUUGAGAAGCUAGUGCGGAUUGCCUUGUGUUGUUUGCACCAAGAUCCACUGUGGCCGACUAUGGCUAACGUUGUUGGCAUGUUGGAAGGUGGAUUGGCUUUGAGUGAGCUGAGGGUCAAGUCACUAAAUUUCUUGCGAGCCUACGGCCAGAGAUUCACGGAGACAGCAACAAUGCAAGGGCCUACUUCGAAUGGUGCUGCAAUUGCUACAUAUAACUCAUUGUCUUACAUCUCUCCACAACUGCUCUCAGGUCCCAGGUAAUGCUCCAAAGAUUGUCUAUAUUACUUGCCAGAUAAAAUUGGCUUAAGGGUAUCUAUGUAUUUAGUUUUUUGGCUAGAUUUAUUAGGCUCAGAGUAUUUUCAUUUUAUCUGCUAAUGCUGCUUGCAAUUUUCCUCUGCCAAUUGUAAGUACGCCAGUUUUGGUUCUCCUUUGCUUAGAUAUUGGGAGCCCAUGUGUGUGACUCAGACUUUUCAUGGUCAGUUUUAUCCA